UCCUGUAUGUACAUGUUUGAAACUUGUUCACACUUGCCUUAAUCAAUAUGUGGUUUGUUGGUUGCACUAAGCGCAUGGGUGGGAGAAUUCCCGCCCCCCUCCACCUAAUUCAGCUGAGCUAGAGAAACACAUUAAUGACAUUGUAUCUCAUGGUCAGUGCUGCCUGUUACUGCAGGGCUUUUUCUGGCAGGCAUUUGUUUUGAAGAGAAGAAACUCUUUGCAUUUAGGCUCAAUAUUUGUAGUCUUCUCUGGCUCGUUGUAGUAUGGAUUUUGCUUUUUUGUUUUUGUCUUUUGUCAUUAAUCGUGGAUAUGAACUUGGCAAGGCAUGUGUUUUGGUAGCUCAGCAAGGUCCUAGCAGUUUUUAAGAGUGUUUUGCAAGAUGAGGAUUUUCAUAGCUUUUGAAGGAUUUUGUGAAUCUUUUGACAUUUCAUCAGACCAAACUGUGCAAGCCGUAAAACUGAUGAUAAAGGAUUAUUUCCACAUUCCACUUUCUGAAGACAAACAAGGCAGACGAUAUUUGGAGCUGAUCUAUGCAGGAGCAAUACUGAAGGACAACUGGAUCCUUGCUGACAUAGGGAUAUCAGUUUCCUCGACUAUUAAAUGUGUUGUUAAGGAAGAAGACAAACCAGCCUUCUAUGUAUACAAUGCUGUAAUCCAAGAGAAAGUGCCCAUUAAGGGGAGUGUUUAUCUUCUUGCUACAAAAGUGUCCCUUUUGAAAACACUGGUAACCCUGAAAUGUGGCUUUCCAAAUAGUGUUUAUUGUCUCAGGACUCCAGAGGGCAGGGAGAUGUAUGACUGCAACACACUGAACGAUUACCAGUUAGAUAUAGGCACAACACUUCGUCUGGAUGUGUGGGAUGGAUGGAAAGAAUUCCUGACUGGGUGCCUCUUAGGAAACAAGCAUACAGUCCAACGCUUUCUGUCUGAUGAAGAACCAGUACUCAAAUAUCAGAAGAGAGUGGCUCUUUACAUGGCAGCAUUUUUUGGGCACCUUGAGCUCGCAGCAUGGAUCCUGAAACAAGGAGUGAGACCCAAUGCAGCAGUGGGUGUUCAUCCCUAUCGAGAAUGGUGUCAGGAAACACAUCAUCCAGAUGUAACUAAAUGUCCAGUUCAUGCAGCUGCAGAAGCAGGCCAACUAAUUAUACUGAAGGCCUUUGUUAAUUAUAGUGUGUUGUGCUUAGAGUGCCAAAAUCCAGCAGGGCAAAUUCCUCUGAACAUAUGCAUCAAACACAAACAUAAGGAUUGUGUGCUAUAUUUAGUUACCAAAAUGUGGUCAGUGGUUUCUUAUCCUAAUUUUUCACUUCCCAUGAAGAUCUUCAUUAAAUUAAAGCAGUGGCUGCUUAGGGCUCAGAGUCACAUCCUUACCACGAAAUGGCUUAACCAGGCUGCAGUCUUCAGAACACGCGUGGGGGACACUGUUAUCGUGGAUGGCUUCACAAAGCCAAAAAUGACUUCCAAAGCCAGGAUCAAGGCAGCAGGCAAUAUGGACUAUAAGUUACCAAACCUAACUGAUCAAACACAUGGGAAAGAGUCAUGUCCCUUGACAGUUACAAAGGGGGAGCAAAAAGUAAUAAAGCUCAAAUUACCUCCGUUGGAAGAUGCAAAUAAGCUCCCUAACAUACACAGACUUCACCAAAAGAAGAAUAUUAGAAAGAAGGUUGCUCAGCCUGGAAAAGAUGAAAGUAUGGACCAAAACAUGUGUUUAGCUAAAGUUCCUUUGCCCGCUAUUUCUAGCCUCAGAAAUUCACGCCCUCCUUUCUACUAUUCAACACCUAAUGCUAAAUUGCUCUUAAAUUCCUCCUCUGAGUGUUUCUCAGAACACAAUGGAAGAACUCCAAGAGAUAAUGCAAUCUACUGCUUAGCUAUUGCCAGGAGUGUUGUAAGCAAGACAUGAGAAGUAAUUCUUCCACUCUACUCAGCACUGAUAAGACCUCUACUGGAGUAUUGGAUCAAGUUCUGGGCACCACAGUUUGGGAAAGAUGUGGACAAAUUGGAGAAAGUCCAAAGAGAAGCAACAAACAUAAUUAAAAGUGUAG